ACUACUAGUUUGUGUUUACAACAUGUAGUGCAAAGCACAAAUACUGUACUUGGAAACUUAAUGCAAAAGCUCGGAGAUGACUGAAGAGUUACAUUAAAAUGUGGCAGUGUUCGUUGCUCAAAUUGUCUACAAACAUUCCGUCGCACAUGGACCGAGCUUGUUUAUCCACUUAGUCGCGUAGUGAUGACGUAGGCAGGAAAACCCCAACACCGAAUGUGUCUCGGAACCCAGCCCGAGGACGAGCAAAACCAUCGGGGACGUCCUCAGAAGAAGUGACGUGCAAGUAGCCCCCGAUGUAUAAGAGAUUUUUCGCCAGGCUUUACUCAGCUAUGGCUGGUCCCAGGCCCGUGGUGCUGAGCGGCCCAUCCGGGGCUGGCAAAAGCACUCUGCUCAAGAAGCUCUUGAAGGAAUACAGUGGUGUCUUUGGCUUCAGCGUCUCACAUACAACAAGAAAUCCACGACCUGGAGAAGAAAAUGGCAAAGAUUAUCACUACGUCACAAGGGAAGCCAUGCAAUUUGCCAUCGAUAAGGGCGACUUCAUCGAGAGUGCCGAGUUUUCUGGGAACAUGUACGGAACAAGCAAAGCUGCCGUGCAGGCUGUCAGGGCCCGAAACCUCAUUUGCAUACUCGACAUAGACAUGCAAGGGGUAAAGAAUAUCAAGAAGACUGACCUCAAUCCCAUUUACAUCUCCAUCCAGCCUCCAUCUUUGGAUGUCCUGGAAGCCCGUCUAAGAGACAGAAAAACAGAAUCAGAAGAGAACCUGCAAAGGCGCUUGCGGGCUGCGAAGGUUGACAUUGAGUUUAGUAAAGAACCCAACAUGUUUGACGUCAUCAUCGUCAAUGACAACUUGGAAGAUGCUUACGGGCACUUAAGAGAUGCGCUUCUUGAGGAAAUCAACACAGUCAGGAAAAUCAACAUUUCGUCGUAGGAGACGGAACAUCAUACCGCCAAUCACUCCUAUCCAAACCGUGACCUCGUCAUGAACAUUCCAUCCAAAAAAGGUGGCCUGGAAAAACUCAGCCGUCCCCCAGCAUAUUUGUCCAAAUAUGUAGGUUUACAUGUGGUGUUUAUACAUAGUUAUUAGAACAUGUUUAAGACUAAGAGAGCUAAAAAAAUAUAUAUAUAUUAUUUACAUUUGUAUUGGGAAAAAAGCUGCUCUCAUUUUGUCAACUUGCUCUGCGACUGGUACCGUAUGCAGUCAUCAAGUUUUCGCCACGGAGAAUGUAACUGAUUUCAUUCCUACGCAAUGACUAAACUGGUCUUUCAAGUUUAGUUUUCUCCUGGUGUUAUUGUGCUUUCGUGCGAUUAAUCAGUGUGUAAUGUUGUGAUUUCAGCUUCACUGAUGGAAACAAAAACAAAAAACACAUCCAUUAUAUUGAAUUCAUAGUGGAACAUGAAACUUACGUAAUGGAAAGCAUAUAUUCCAAUUCAAGCUUUUUUUUUUUUUUUUUACUUUGUGCUAACUGCUUUGCUCAAAAGACAUGUUAUAUUAGGAUAAAAUCCCAUGUCAUAAGCAAAAUAUGUACUGUAUGACAAUAAAA